AUGACGACGAAUCUGCAGCGUCCGGCGUCUCUGUGCGUCCAUCUCCGGCGACUGAGACGGCGAAGGUCUUUUGAUAAGAAUGAUGAGAGAGAAAUCUCUGCUGGGCAGGAAGGUAGUGGCAUAAAAGAUAAGAGGAACGAAGAGUUCCUUGCUCUGGUUAACAUGGCCAAACAACCUGAACCUAAUAAUGAAUUAGGAGGGAGUUCCAUGGAUGAGAGUAGCCUUGACCCUAUUGGGGGCAAGAACUCUAAUAGUUUUCAAUCUCUGGAAACUAUACCAGAGGAGUCUAGACUUAUACCUUCUGAACUGGUGGAUAUUGCUGUCCAACAAAGUUCUAUUGGGGCUAGGCUAUGGGCCCACCACCGCCACACCACCCGCACAGGUGUCGAUCCCCUAAUUUGCAUGGCUGCCGGCACCCUGUAA